GAGGAGUUUAGGACUUGUCCCCUGCCUCACCCUCCCUCCCUUGCGGGCACAGAGGCAGCACAAAGCAGAUUGCCUCGGCUGGAGCCUGCAUUCCCCAUCCCAGCAGGACCCCUGGACACCGUGCCAGGAGCCACGCUGGCCCCUGUCCCCCGGAGGCACAGCUGGGGACAUGGGGCUGCAGGCAGCAGUGCUCAGGCAUCCAUGAGCACAAGCCUGGAAUCGUUCAGGUGUUGGGAUAAUUUUUUCCUGGAUCAGCAGAUUUAAACUCGCGCUGUGCCAUACAUGUUAAAAUUAAACUCAGAGCUGGUGUUGAAAGUGCUGCUGCUCAGUCGUGUAUCCUGCCUGAUUUUCCUUUUUGUCUUGCUUUAAAGAGCAUCCCCAAGGCUAUGAGGUUUCUAGGAAGCAGGAGUUUCUUUGGGAACACAAGCUUGUUACCAGCUUAUCUAAUACUCAGUACACCCUUUAAAUAUUUCACUGUUUGGAAGGGGCCUCAAUGGCUAAUGGGGUGGACACUGGGGACAGAGAGUUUGGGGACACACAAAGCCAGUGUUCCCAUUCAACAGCCCACACAGGAACACUGACACAGCAGAGGAACUGCUGCUGGAGCUGGGGGGGAAAACCACGGCACAGACCUGGCUCCCAGGCACCCACCAGCCACAAAUGGAGAACGACCCUUCGGAGCAAAAUCCCUCCACCGCAAGGCCUCGCCUUCCCUGUGCUUUACAGGUAAAAUUGGAAGUGUGAUAAAUGUACAUUUUUGGUGGCUUGCAGCAGGCUGAUGAGCACAGAAGCCAGCCGGGCCAGCCUUUCCCUGCCCUGUUUAGAGCAGUUGGGCAGGAGCCUUCUGAGCUCUGCAGAGUGUGAAAUCACUGGUUCAGGCAGCUGAGGGUGCCAAGGCACAGCAGAACCACCACAGAUCAGGACUUGUUCUCGAUGCACUCAAGUGCUAAUAACCAUUAGCAGUGCAGGGCACAUUCCAGGGCGUGAGCUUUCGGAGCACCUUGAAAGCACUUCCUGCAUGCUCAGGGACUCCUCUUUCCCCCCAGUGCCUCCCAGAACACCUGAAGAUGUGCUUGGGUGGCUGCGUGGGCACCUCCCUCACCUGCUCCUUCCACUUCAGCCAGUGCCAGCCUGCUCGUGCUCUGAGCAGGUUCCUUCGGGAGGGCAGCUCUGCAUCUCGGGGAGCCAGGUUGUGCACCUCACUUCAGUCCAGGUGGGAUCUCCAGGGGGAGGCCGCUGGGUGCGGACGUGAGCACGCUGUCACUCAGAUUUCUGCUUUCAUCAACCCUGCAGAUCCUGCUGCUUUUAAGGAACGUUCUUUGGAAAGGUACAACACAGACAUGCUGAUGGCAGCGCUCCUGCUCCUGGUGCCCCUCGGCCGCUGCCACGAGGUGUCCUGGACAUACAAAGGAGAAGGAGAGCUGGAUGAGGAGCACUGGGGACAGCACUUCCCAGACUGUGCUGGCAAGCAGCAGUCCCCGAUUGACAUCCAGAGGAGGAAAGUGAGGUUCAACCCCCUGCUGCAGCUGGAGCUCGGCGGCUACGACGAGCCCUUGCAGGGGCAGCUCAGGAUGACCAACAACGGCCACUCUGUCCAGAUCGAUUUGCCGCCCACCAUGAACAUCUCCAGAGGGCUCCCAGGUGUCUACACAGCUGUCCAGAUGCACCUGCACUGGGGAGGGCUGGACCUGGAGAGCAGCGGCUCGGAGCACACCAUCGACGGCAUGCGCUACUUCGCCGAGCUGCACAUUGUCCACUACAACUCUGCCAACUACUCCAGCUUUGAAGAAGCCAAAGACAAGCCCCAGGGGCUGGCUGUGCUGGCCUUCCUGUACACGGAUGGGCACUUUGAGAACACCUACUACAGCGAAUUCAUUUCCAAACUGGCAAGGAUCAGGUUUGCAGGUCAGUCAACAACACUCAGCUCUCUGGACAUCCAAGCCAUGCUGCCAGAAAACCUCUCACACUUCUACAGGUACCAGGGCUCCCUGACCACCCCGCCGUGCUCCGAGAGCGUGAUCUGGACCAUCUUCCACUCCCCGAUUGUCCUGUCACACACUCAGGUGCAGCUCCUGGAGAACACCCUGCUGGACUGGCACAACCACACCCUGCGCAACGACUACCGGCACGCGCAGCCGCUGCGGGGCCGCGUGGUGGAGGCCUCCUUCCGAGCCCAGCGGGGCCAGGCACAGUGUCAUCCAGAGGAAUUCACCCUCAGGCUGGACCAAAUCCAGAUGCAGCUCCAGGACAUGAAGACAGAGCUGCUGAAUGGACUGAGCCACACAGGUACGAAAUCCAGCACCUUUCCAGCUUUCUACUUCCCCGUGGAAAACAUUGAGAGCUUUGUGGAGGUCCAUCCCCUCCGUGCCGUGUCUCUGCGAGCCUUCACGCUGUGCUUCUGGAGCAGAGCCCAGCCCGUGGGCAGCCAGACCAUCCUGUCCUACUCCACUGGGGACAGUGACCACGAGCUGGUGGUGACCGUGGGCGCAGAGCUGGGGCUGUGGCUAGGAGGCCACUUCCUCAGCUUUCCCCUGCAGCAUGGGGCGCAGGGCUGGCUGCACCACUGCGUGACCUGGGCGUCCGCGGAGGGAACGGCCAGCCUCUGGCUCAACGGAGCAGCUGGCAAAGCCAAGAGCGUCCAGCAGGGCUACGUGAGCCGGGCUGGGGGCACGCUGGUCCUUGGCAAGGCCAGGGACGCUCUGCUUGGCACCUUCUCCAACGGCUUUGCGGGGUGGAUGAGCCAGGUGAACCUGUGGAGCCGAGUGCUCAGCGCCACGGAGGUUCGGGCGCUGGCGCUGUGCAAGGCAGGGCAGCCCACGGGGGAUGUCAUAGCCUGGGGACAAACCCCCAUGGCCCUCCUCGGGGGCGUGCUUCUGCAGCCUGACACCAGCUGCCAGUGAGCACAGCCUCUGGCUGGCUCGAGGCAUCCAGAGAGCCCAAACUGCUUGUUGGGAAAACUCAGAAAAACUGAGGUUGUUUGCUCGUUUCCCCUCCUGCUUUGUAGGCUCACUGUGGUGAGCACUCCUGUCCAAGAUACCAAAACCUCCAUCUGUGAGACAAAAGCAAUGAACUGCAGAGCCUGGCACAGUCCAGCACCCUGGGUUGUUACAUCCCUCCCAGGGGGUUGAUUUAGAUCCCCAUACACAGAUUUUUUUUCAUGCCAAAGAGCUGCUCUCUGGUCAAAGGAGCUGCUUUCUCCAAUAAAAGUUCUCUCCCAUCCCUCAGCCAGUCUCAGUUUCUCACCAUCCUCCCUGCUUGUCUCUCCUUCUGUUUGUCACCAACUCACCA